UUUUUUUUAUAUAUCAUAUCUACACACGUAUUAUGGUUUGCAAGAAAUGUGAAAAGAAGGUUGGCACCUUAUUAGCAGCCCCUGAUAAGUGGAAAGAAGGUGCUAAGAAUGUGAAAGCUGGUCAAGAAGGUCGAAAGAUCAACCAAAACAAAUUGUUAUCAAAGUCGGCGAAAAUAAGAUUCAAUCCCUAUGAAGCCAAGUGUAAACUAUGUAAAUCCAAGGUUCAUCAAGAGAAGGCGCAUUACUGUCAAGCUUGUAGCUACAAGAAAGGUAUUUGCGCAAUUUGUGGGAAACAGAUCUUGGAUACAAGUAGCUACAAGCAAUCUGCCAAGUGAAGAACAUCUCAAUCUUUAGUAGUUAGGUUCCCUUGUUGCAUAUUUUCUUUACAUCCCAAUUCAUUAUAUCAUAGUUCUCUUUUGUACAGUUCAAAUAAAUAAAUAUAUACAUACAAUUUUUAUUGUUAUAAAACUACAAAUAAAAUCUA